UAUGAUUUGUAUUUGAUGGUUAUGAUUCGCUGAAUUCACAGCAAAAAUGUACUGCACAAACGCCGGCAGGACACGCAAGCACCUGUUUUCCACGUUCCACGUUGCAUACGAUUGUUUCCGUCGCUGUUACUGUCCCUGUUUUAGGCCCCAACAGGUGGUUUGCCCACUCGGAGACGGAUCAGACCGGGCCAUCGUACUCGUUCUUGGCCGGAAGGUACGUUGGCGGUUUGGCGGAUCGCUCCGGAAAUCUCCCGGCCCCGUUUCGGUCCGUGGUGGAAAAGUCAUAACACGUAAAACUCGGUGGCCAUGUACGCCGUGCGUGGCGGAUCUCUUACCCCAGCGGCCAGCUCGACAUUGGUAUAGGUCUGGUCUGGUACAGCGUAGUAGUGCACCGGUGCCUGUGGAGUUUAUUUUAGAAAUUGCUAUUAAAAAUAACUACGGUGCGAUAGAUUUAUUUUUUGCUCGCACAAACGGAGCAACCGUGCUGCUGCAGGCGAACGACUGCAAACACCGCGCCGUGUCUGCCCCGGAACACGUGGCGGGUGUAGUUUAAUUAAUUUUCCGAGUCGCUGCUGGCCACCCAUCGCCCCCAGCUGCUGGAUCGGACCCCAGGUGUACCUUUUUUGUGCCGGUGAUAAGCUAGCGGUGCGGUGUUUGCUAGCAGCCCUCUAUGUCCCUCGUUCGAUAGCAGCAGCCGCCGUCCCGGCCGAAGGCCAAGAAAAGCCCAUGCCAUGGCGUUGCUCGUAUUUCUGAUAGCCGCAGCACACUGUGUUUACACUCCGUUCACCAAGGUGGAGGAAAGUUUCAAUCUGCAGGCGAUGCACGAUUUGCUCUACCACCGUGCCAACCUGUCCGAGUACGAUCACCACGAGUACCCGGGAGUAGUUCCUCGUACCUUUUUGGGCCCGCUGUUUAUAACCUUCCUGGUGACCCCGCUGGCAACGCUGCUGGAGGCGCUGGACAUUAACAAGUUUUGGAUGCAGUAUGCUGUACGAUUCGCCUUGGCCGGAACGGUGGCGUUCGCGUGGAAUCGGCUGAAAAUCACCAUUCUGCACAAGUUCGGCGUGACGGUCGGCGUCUGGUUUAUGCUGAUCACCGUGACACAGUUUCACUUCAUGUUCUACAUGAGCCGCCCGCUGCCGAACAUUAUGGCCAUGCCGCUGGUGCUGCUGGCCAUAAGCUAUUGGUUGAACCGGAGUGUCAAACUGUUCAUUGUCUGCUCCGGUGCUGCGAUUAUAAUUUUUCGCGCCGAGCUUGCUAUGCUGCUAGGGCUAUAUCUCUUGUACGAUCUGUACUACAAGCGCAUCGCACUGCCUGUCUUCCUGCGGACAGCAAUUCCUGCCGGAAUCUUCCUCGUGGUGCUCACCGUCGCUGUGGAUAGCUUUUUCUGGCGACGGAUUCUGUGGCCGGAAGCCGAGGUCUUCUGGUUCAACACUGUUCAGAACAAAAGCUCCGACUGGGGCACCUCGCCGCUCCUGUGGUACCUUUACUCUGCGCUUCCACGCGCCAUGGGACUCUCCAUACUGUUUGUCCCGUUCGGGCUGUACACCGAAACGCGCAUCCGUUCGCUGGUCAUCCCGGCCGUAGUUUUUGUGAUACUCUUUUCCUUUCUGCCGCACAAGGAGCUUCGUUUUAUUAUCUACAUUUUCCCACUAUUUAACGUGGCCGCCGCUUGCGCAUGCAAUCGCUUGUGGAUCAACCGAUACAAGACGGUUUGGAACAAAUUUUUGUCCUUUAUUUGUAUCGGCCAUCUGCUAGGGAAUACGUUGCUGACCAUGUUUCUCCUGCUGGUGGCAGGAACCAACUAUCCCGGUGGAGUUGCUAUAUCUAGAUUCCAUCGGUUGGCGGCUGGUGAAGUGCACGUUACGGUACACAUUGAUAACCUGUCUGCCCAAAGCGGCGUCUCCCGUUUCGCUCAGAUUAAUCCUAAUUGGAGCUACAGUAAAAAAGAAAACCUUCAACCGGGCGACGAGAUGCUGGAUCGUUUUGAUUACCUGCUUUUGGAAGCACGGGACAAGUACACGGACUACAUGCGCUUUCUGCUUCAAACACACGAGAUCGUCGAGUUUGUGGAAUGCUUCAACAGCAUAGGUUUGCAGUACAAGUCGGCACUACCGGUAAAAAUCAAAAUGAAGCCAUGCAUUUUCAUUAUGCGUCGCCGAUAUGACGUGGAAGGGGAUCCCAGGCGCAGGACGAAAUUCGAUAAUUUUAUGGGCGAGAAUGCCGGUGAUGACCCCGAAAUUUUCGAACCGAAGCGGUAUUCAGAUGAGAACGGAAAAAUUGAAUUAUUUUCCAGUGAUAACGAAGCAACUUCAUACGAGGCGCCCGAUAUGGGUGCCAAGGAAACAGUGGAUGAGGACGACAUCUAUUCUGUAGAGAAGCAAGAAGUGGAGAAUCGUUCGGAGGAAGAUAAUCAAGCCGUGCAUCGCAUCGGAAGGACAACUGCAACAGAGCAUCGGUUCACGGUAGCCCCAAUCGAAAAACCAUUCGCUCGUAUUGGGCGUAAAGCCGAGACGCACGGGCAAGACAUCAACAAACGACCAUUCCGAUCUUUGCCUCUCCUGCCCAAGCCACAGUUCAGGAGAACCAACGUCAACCUAGAGCUGAAGGAACCUAAAUCUUCUCAUGAAGAGCAAGAUGAAUCGAACGUACCAACUAUCGACCAUCAACAGAAUAUGGCGCGCUAUAAACCAUAUGACCACGUGGCGGAAGAUAAUAAUAAGGUAAGAGGAAUUUUUCCAGCGAUUAAUUCACUUAAAAAUCCAACACAAUCAAGAACCUCAUCAAAGAGGAAAAAUGCGAGAAUCAGUGAACAGACGUACGAAAACGAGUUUCAGUGAACCGGAUGCCCAUGAAGGAGUGGCUGAAGAAAAAUAUAUAUGAAAGUAAGA